UCUUUCUGGUGACCCCGAGGAUACAGAUGACACACGAGAGUUAGGCCAACAGGAACAACAAGUGAUCUUCAGGGGCUGUGAAGAACGUUAGAUUAAAAUACAACGCAAACAUAGGAGUGUGGUGCUGUGCUAAAGAGAGGAAAAAACAAGAAAGGAUUUGGACAUUGAACGGAAGCAAACGACUUUUGAAUAAUUUGAAUGCACGGAAGCUAGAAGAAAGCAUUAGGGGAAUUUAAAUCCGGUACCAUACUUUCAUAUGCAUUUUUGCAAAAGUGUUAGUCAGUGAAGGAUUCUAUCAACGUGUAGAACGAAAGAACUCUGGUGCUAUUGUUUCUGCUUUUUCCUAUUCAAAUACUUGCAUUUUCACCGAAAACAAAAGCAACGACGAGGCAGUGAGUAUUUUUUACUUCCAGAUUAACAAUAACCCCCUGCUAGAGGUUAGUACAAGUAGAUCUCAGCACCACUUAAAUCUUGCCACUUGGCAGUCCUAUUCUAACAAGUGUACGAAUAGUGGUAAAGUAGCACAGAAAAAAAAAGUACAUUCCCUGGGAAGCACGUCACUAGUGAAUAAAUUUAUGACGCGGAAGGUCUAUGAAUAAAUUUGUAAAUCUACAAGAUUUGUCGUAAUCGGGGUGUUUCUAUCCGUGCAACUAGUUGCAAGUGUAACCGUCGGAUUUUUGGCAACUGCGUGUACGGUGAAAGAGUAGGUGCUGCACAAGUUGAGUUAAAAGAGGGUGGAGAAGCAAUAAAUUUUGGCACGAAAGCCCAAGUGCAUCGUGAUAAACUACUGACGAAUUUAGUGAUCCUCUGUGGGAGUCAUGGAGGUUACAAAAAUGUCUGUCUGCAAAUUACUGUUCUUGGUGGUUUUGUGCUCCGUCGUGCUAUGCUGUCACACAUCCAGUGCCGGUCCGGCACGUCAGUUGGCCAGUCUGGCAGCGCGUGCCUCAAAGAUUCCCCGUUCGAUACGAGCACCGUUUCGGAACUCGGAAAUGAUGACCGCAAGAGGAUUUGGAAAACGUCGAGCCCCAAUCGGUGCCAAUGUGGGUGGAAGUAGUGGCACCAGCGGCGUCAAGCACAUGAUUGAAGAUGCUCCUUGGGGCUACGACAAGCAAGAAGCAGGAAAGCUUAUUGAAGAGCUCACGGCCGACAAUUCCGAUUCGGUGCAGCAGAUAAUGGGUGAACAGGAAAGUUUCCCAUUGGAUUGGUUUGCCAACGAAAUGUCAACAAAUCCUACCUUGGCGAGGACAAUUCUGCAACGUUUCGUAGACAACAACAAGGACGGUCUCCUGACGACGAACGAGUUGCUCAGCUCUGGCGUUAGUGAUAGCAACGAUAUGUUCUAACUUCCCGGCAUGUACAUCUUUAAAACCACCCGGGACUUCCUUAAUCCACCGAUGUAUUUAAAAAAGGUUCUCAGAAAAACAACACAACAUUACCCGAAAAUUCUUUCGAAGUCGAUAACACUUGAAACUGUUCAACGUGGCUGGAUGAACACAGAGAGAAGGUCUUGUAAAUUGAAGCAAAACUGAAUGUUAGCUUUUCAAACAACUGAUUUGAUCAUGGAUGGUGAUUCCGUGAGACAUUAGGUACUAGAGCAACGGCGAAAAAAAAACAA